CCAGAUUUGCCUCAAUCAUCAAGUGGGCGGGCUGAAUGCGUUUUUUGAAUGAGGAAAUAGAUCAACAACAAAAAAAACAUUCGUUUUUAUUAUUGUCAUUGCUGUCCGAAAAGAGUCGAGUUGAAACAUGUGCAGAGCUGUGUUUGUCGUCGCGCUCGUCGCUUUAAUCCGCCCCGCUGCUGAAGCGCUGGACAAUGGCCUGGCGCUGAAACCCACAAUGGGCUGGUUACACUGGGAGAGAUUCAUGUGUAAUACCGACUGUGACAGGGAUCCCGAUAACUGCAUCAGUGAGCGUCUGUACAUGCAGAUGGCAGAUGUGAUGGUGAAGGAGGGUUGGAAAGAGGCCGGUUACGAAUACGUCUGCAUUGAUGACUGCUGGCCCUCCCACCAGCGCGAUGCCCAGGGCCGCCUUCAGGCAGACCCCAAAAGAUUCCCAGGAGGCAUCAAAAAACUGGCCGACUAUGUCCAUUCUAAAGGGCUGAAGCUGGGUAUCUAUGCAGAUGUGGGGAAAAAUACAUGUGCUGGAUACCCUGGCAGCUUGGGUUAUUAUGAGACAGAUGCUCAGACUUUUGCGGAUUGGGAUGUGGAUCUGCUCAAGUUUGAUGGCUGCUUUAUGGACUGGAAAUCGCUGGGAGAUGGUUACAUGAGCAUGUCGAAAGCACUGAACAAAACCGGAAGAAGUAUCCUUUACUCCUGUGAGUGGCCUUUGUAUGAGUGGCCUUUCCAGCAGCCAAACUAUACAGCCAUCCGUGAGACGUGUAACCACUGGCGCAACUUUGAUGACGUGUACGACUCAUGGAGCUCUAUUAAAUCCAUCUUUGACUGGACGGCUUCUCAUCAAGACAUCAUUGUCCCCUCGGCUGGACCUGGGGGCUGGAACGACCCCGAUAUGCUCGUGAUUGGGAACUUUGGGCUGAGUCACGACCAGCAGGAGUCUCAGAUGGCAUUGUGGGCCAUCAUGGCAGCCCCUCUGCUCAUGUCCAAUGAUCUGAGGGACAUUUGUCCUCGCUCCAAGAAGCUGCUUCAGAACAGACUCAUCAUAGCCAUCAGCCAGGACCCUCUGGGCAAGCAGGGAUACCGUACUGCCAAGGUAGAUAGUUUUGAAGUGUGGGAGAGGCCUCUGUCGAAGAACCAACUGGCCGUCGCCGUGCUGAACAGACAGGAGAUUGGUGGUCCCAGAGGUCUUGCCAUCAGAGCAGUUCCUGGCUGGAAGAUCUGUGACCCUCAGUGUAACGUCACACAGAUCCUGCCUCAGUAUAAGGAAAUGGGUGUUCAGACUCAGCAGAGCAAAAUUGUUUUAUCCGUCAACCCUUCAGGCACCGCUCUGCUGACUGUCACUCCCGUCAGCAAAGACUUUAAGGGGCUUUCCAAGCUGCACCGGAAGAACACGUCAGUCAAACGCAAGCACAACACCAGUUUGUAGUGCUCAGGUGAUUUUAAAACAAACAGGUAUUGGUGUUUUAAAAAAAAAAAAAAAAA